UGAAUGCAGGACCUAGUGGUUGUAAGUGGCACUGCACCUUAAUGCACUCCAGUUUUCAGCCAUGUUUCCGGCUGCUUGGACGUGACAAAUAAAAACAGGAACUGACAUGGCGGUCGGUAAGGUGACCUUCACAAAGGUGGAGAGAGAGAAGCUAGCUGAGGUCCUCUGGCUUCUCAACUGGAUCUCUGUGCUGACGGGAGCGAUCCUCUUCGGCCUGGGCUUAUUCCUCAAAGUAGAGAUUCAGAAAUGGCAGGAAGUAAUGUCAGACCAGGGGAUCCUCUACGUGCCACAUAUGCUGAUCGCCACGGGUCUGGCGGCCUGCUGCAUCAACUUCCUGGGUGGGAAGAUCUGCCUGGACUGUGCUGACACCAACAAGUUCCUGCGCUGGAAGCUGGUGAUGAUGCCAUAUGUCAUCUGCACUUUCUUCUUCACCUCCUGCGUCCUGGCAGGGGCGCUCAUGUGCUACAGCAUCCGCGGCCAGCUGGAGGAGUCACUGUUCCUGGGCCUGAGGAAUGCCAUGCGGUAUUACAAGGACACAGAUACGCCGGGCCGCUGUUACCUGAAGAAGACUCUGGACUUACUGCAGAUCCAGUUCCAGUGCUGUGGAAACACUGGGUACCGGGACUGGUUCCACGUCCAGUGGAUCAGCAACCGCUACCUGGACAUGACCAGCAGCAGCGUGGUGGACCGCCUGAGGAGUAAUGUGGAGGGGAAGUACCUGAUGGACAGCGUUCCCUUCAGCUGCUGCAGCACCUCAUCCCCUCGGCCCUGCAUCCAGCAGCAGAUCAGCAACAGAUCGGCACAUUUUAACUUUGACCAGCUGAGCCAGCAGCUGAACCUGUGGAGGAGAGGCUGCCGUCAGGCUCUGAUGGAGCACUACACCGGCAUCAUGCAGUCUAUCGGUCUCACCGUGCUCCUCAUCUGGCUCUUUGAGCUGCUGGUUCUGACAGGGGUCCGUUACCUACAGACGGCCAUGGAGAACGUUCUCCGGCUGGGUGAUCCUGACUUAGAGUCUGAUGGUUGGAUUCUGGAGAACAGCCUGGCAGAAACAGCCCGGUCCAACUUUAACAUCAUCAAGAACCUGGGGAAGUGCUACCAGGUCGAUGACGACCCCAAUAUCAACAUCCCUUCCACCGCCGCCGAGCAGGAGGUGCCUUCCCGGCAGGUCCAGACCCCUGUGAGCAGCUAGCAUCCAGCCUGAGGAUCGACGGACGAGCUCCAGUGACGCUCUGUUGAUCCUGAAUUCAGACUCACUUCCAGCUCCAGGAGGUUCUGAGGACAUGGUUCCAGUUAUGAAGUAUGGAAAAAAGUACAGCUAUUGAAGGUCUGGUGCAGUAUUACUACUGCUAGUACUACUACUAACCCAGAACUCCUACUGCUACUACCCACUGAGCAAAGACAUUCAAAAGACGUACACUGAGGAGCUGAAUGAAAGUUUUUGUGACGUCUUUUAGGCGUCUUCUGAACUUGUCUCAGUGACAUCUCACAGGGUACUGCCACCUGUUCUAUUACUGCUACUACGUUCAGCAUGUUUCCAUCCUGAGGAGCUGAAGAAAAGUUUCAUCGAUGCCUUCCACAUAUGAAGUUUGGAAAGAAGUCCAGCUGCUGCAGAGCUCUGCAGGUCUGACGCAACGUCUCUGCCUUCACAUGGAAGUAAGAAGAACUGUUUGUGAGUGUGACCAGGUUCCACAAGGGUGUUAGGACAAGCUGUUGUUAGCAUGUUAGCCAUGUUAGCUCCCGCAGUUUAUGUUUACGA